AUGGAUUCCGAUGACGAAAGCUUCGAGGAGCACGAUUCGGGCAACGUGUCCAGCGGAGAUGACGACUUUGCGAUGGACGUGGACAUCAACAAUCCGCGGGACCGUGGCCAAGAGACGGACGAGUACCCGUACGAUGUACUUACGACCGACGAAAUCGUACAGCAUAUGGUCGACUGCAUCAAGGACGUGAACAGUGUCGUGGAGAUCCCUGCCACCAUCACACGUAUUCUGUUAAACUAUUUCAAAUGGGACAAGGAAAAGCUGAUGGAACGGUUCUACGACGGUGAUCAAGAUAAGCUAUUUAAGGAUGCGCACGUUAUCAAUCCGUUUCGGAAGCCAAGUUUAGUACUCAAGCCAAAGAUCAAAAAGUCCAGAACGGAGGAUUGUGAAAUAUGCUACUCGACGUUUCCUCCCAGUAUGAUGACCGGUUUGGAAUGCGGACACCGUUUCUGUACGCAAUGCUGGCAAGAGUACCUGACCACAAAGAUCGUCGAGGAGGGGCUCGGUCAGUCGAUAGCGUGUGCGGCUCAUGGAUGUGAUAUACUGGUCGAUGAUGUAACGGUGAUGCGAUUGGUGCAGGAUUCGCGAGUCAGACUCAAAUACCAGCACCUUAUCACCAAUAGUUUUGUCGAGUGUAAUCGGUUGUUACGGUGGUGUCCAUCGGCCGACUGCACGUAUGCGAUUAAGGUGCAGUACGUCGAUCCGCGACCGGUUGUCUGCAAGUGCAACCACGUGUUCUGCUUCGAGUGUGGUGAAAAUUGGCACGAUCCGGUACAGUGCCGGUUGCUGAAGAAAUGGAUCAAAAAGUGUGAUGAUGAUUCAGAAACUUCCAACUGGAUUGCCGCCAACACGAAGGAGUGUCCGAAGUGUAAUGUAACAAUAGAGAAGGAUGGUGGCUGUAACCAUAUGGUGUGCAAAAAUCAAAACUGUAAACAUGACUUCUGCUGGGUAUGUCUCGGAUCUUGGGAACCGCAUGGUUCUUCCUGGUACAACUGCAACCGAUACGACGAGGACGAAGCGCGUGCGGCACGUGAUGCUCAGGAAAGGUUGCGUUCAACGUUGGCAAGAUAUCUACAUUACUACAAUCGCUACAUUAACCACAUGCAGUCGCUUAAAUUUGAACACAAGCUGUAUGCAGCUGUAAAGGAAAAGAUGGAAGAAAUGCAGCAGCAUAACAUGUCUUGGAUUGAGGUCCAAUUUCUGAAGAAAGCUGUCGAUAUUCUCUGCCAGUGUCGUCAGACACUCAUGUGCACUUACGUGUUUGCCUACUACCUUAAAAAGAAUAAUCAGUCACAGAUCUUUGAGGAGAAUCAAAAAGAUUUGGAAACGGCCACAGAAACGCUAUCCGAGUACUUGGAGCGUGAUAUCACGUCGGAAAAUUUGGCGGACAUUAAACAGAAAGUACAGGAUAAAUACAGAUACUGCGAAAAGCGCCGGAAAGCGUUGCUGGAUCACGUACACGAAGGCUAUGAGAAGGAUUGGUGGGAAUACACCAACUGA